UUCGCGGCUGGGUCUGCGCGGAGAGCCCGGCCAUGGCUCUGCGGUGGUUGGUGCCGUCCCCGGAGCCUGUGGGUGCAGGAUACUCGAAGAACACUUUAGGAGGAGCACAUUCCAUGAAAGAUAAAGCUGGUACAGAGCACAAACCACCUAAUGUGUUUGACUUUAUUGAUGAUUCUGUGAACUCAAGCAGGCUAAGUGAAAAUGAGAAACACGAAGAACCUUAUGAAACUUUUGACCCUCCGUUACAUAGCACUGCUGUAUAUGCUGAUGAAGAAGAAUUUUCCAAACAUUGUGGAUUAUCUAUCCCUUCAACUCCCCAAGGAAAAAGAAGAAAGAAAAAUUCCAACAUGUCUGAAAAUGAAGCAAGUGAAGAUGACUCUGUAAAAAUUAGUGCAAAAAAGUCAAAAAGAAAACUCAAGCCCCUUAGUGAUGAGUAUGAAAGUGGUGACGAAGGUGACAUAAGAAGAAAAGUUAAAUCAGCAGAGAAAAUGAGUACACAGCAGCAUGAAGCUAUUCCCGCUGUGGCAUCUUCAGACUCUUUGGAGAAAUCAGCUGGGCCAGUCACCCCUAAAAGGACAGGCCCCCCCAGUGCCCAGGCCUCUCUUGGAAAAGUGACACCAGAGACACAAAGUCAACCGAGAAUUCAGAAAAAAAAGAAGACAUCUCCUGGGAAAAGGAAGAAAGCAAAAAGUAAACCCGUAGACCCAGAUAUUUCUGAUAGUAUGCAUAUUUGGUGUCUAGAAGGAAAGAAAACCAGUGACAUCAUGGAGUUGGAUAUUAUUUUGUCUGCAGUUGAGAAAACUCUCCUAGAGUAUAAACCAAAAAUAGAAUCUAAAGUUUGUAUGGAAGCCAUCGACAAAUUUUAUUGUAAUAUUAGAGAAGAACUCAUCAAAACGCUCAAAGAAGUCCAGAUGUUGAAAAAUCUGAAAAGGAAGAAUGCAAAGAUGAUUUCUGAUACGGAAAAGAGAAGGCGGCGUUUGAUUGAAGUCCAAGAUGAAUUGCUUCGGUUAGAACCACAGCUGAAACAACUACAAACAAAAUAUGAUGAACUUAAGGACAGAAAGUCAUCUCUUAGGAAUGCCAUGUGUUUCUUAUCUAAUUUAAAACAGCUUUAUCAAGAUUAUUCAGAUGUUCAAGAGAAAGAACCAAAUGUAACGGAAGUGUAUGAUUCAUCCAGCCUUCCAGCUCUGUUAUUUAAAGCAAGAACCCUUUUGGGAGCUGAAUAUCAUUUUCAAAAUAUUAACCAUCAACUAGAGAAGCUCCUUGACCAGAAAUGAGAAAAGCUAUCUACUGAAAUGUGCCCACAUGAAGAUGUCUCAGGCUAUUAUCCAUUACUUUCUGAAACUUAACUUCUGUAAAUAAAAAAUCUUUCUCAAAAAUAAGUAUGGCUCAGUCACCAGAUUUAGUAUUACCUUGAUAUUCAAAUUAAACUGUACCAGUUUGAUGGUCUUAAUAACAUUGUAGGCUGUCUUUUCUGAUUAGUGUCUUAAUAAAUACUAACAUGUUGAUAUCCUAAUCAGCCUCAGAAAUAAACUUGUAAACUUAUAAUAAGGUUUCUAUUGAAUUUAAGUACACUAAUGCCAACUUUCAAUAAAGCUAGUAUAUUUAGGUGAAAAAACAAAGUGGUAAAACUUAGUUGCUAUAGACUGGUUUAAUAAUAAUUUAAUUUGUGUAUGUAUGGUGGUGCUGGGGACUGAACCAGGCUUUGUAUACACUACGUAGGUGCUCUACCACUGAGCCAUACCCCAGCCCUAAUAUAAUUUCUGUUACCAAAUCUCAUAGAUUUGAGGCAAAUUAUAUCCUGUUU